ACAAAAAAUAACAAAAAAACAUAAAACCAUAUUAGUAUUAAGCAUCUCUAAUUAAAACACGAUUAUAAUCUCAGCCUUUGCUGAUUCCCAAAGCCAAAAAAGCCAAUCCUCUCGUCUCUGUUUCUCUGGAUGUCCAACCAUCUUCUUCGCAGUUUCCGUCAAGUCUGAUGAUAGAUAACGUUGCCGUUGGAGAGCGACGAUAAGGGUUCCAACGCUUAUGGCAGUUAAGAAAGCCAGCGAAAUGUUUCCCAAGAAUUUGAUCGAGGAUUUACACAAAUGGGGUUGCAUGAAGCAAACGGGUGUGAGUCUCAGGUAUAUGAUGGAGUUUGGUUCCAAACCUACUGAGAGGAAUCUUCUCAUCUCCGCUCAGUUUCUCCAUAAGGAGCUUCCGAUUCGUGUCGCCAGGCGAGCGCUCGAACUCCAGACGCUUCCUUAUGGCCUCUCUGAUAAACCUGCCGUUUUGAAGGUACGGGAUUGGUAUCUGGAAUCAUUCAGGGAUAUGAGAGCCUUUCCUGAGAUUAAGGAUUCGAAUGAUGAGAAAGAAUUCACUCAGAUGAUUAAGGCUGUUAAAGUAAGGCACAACAAUGUGGUUCCCAUGAUGGCUUUAGGUGUUAAUCAGCUUAAGAAAGGAAUGAAUUCCGGAACUCUUGAUGAGAUUCAUCAGUUUCUUGAUCGUUUCUACUUGUCUCGUAUUGGGAUCCGUAUGCUUAUUGGGCAGCAUGUUGAGUUGCAUAAUCCAAAUCCACCGCUUCAUACGGUGGGUUACAUACACACUAAGAUGUCUCCUAUGGAGGUAGCCAGGAAUGCUAGUGAAGAUGCUCGCUCAAUUUGUUUCCGAGAGUAUGGUUCUGCACCUGAGAUAAACAUAUAUGGGGAUCCCAGUUUCACCUUUCCGUAUGUUCCAACGCACUUGCAUCUUAUGAUGUAUGAGCUAGUCAAGAACUCUCUACGUGCUGUUCAAGAGAGAUUUGUUGACUCCGAUAGAGUUGCACCACCUAUCCGCAUUAUAGUUGCUGAUGGAAUCGAAGAUGUUACAAUAAAGGUGUCAGAUGAAGGUGGAGGUAUACCGAGAAGCGGUCUUCCCAAAAUAUUCACAUAUCUUUACAGUACCGCAAGAAACCCGCUUGUGGAGGAAUUGGAACUAGGACCAGCUGAUGUUCCAGUGACUAUGGCUGGUUAUGGUUACGGUUUGCCGAUUAGUCGCUUGUAUGCUCGAUAUUUUGGUGGAGAUUUGCAGAUCAUAUCCAUGGAAGGAUAUGGGACUGAUGCUUACUUGCACUUGUCUCGUCUUGGAGAUUCACAAGAGCCUUUGCCCUAAGAGAAGCUUCAUGUCAGGCAACAAGUGAAGAAAGCUUUGACAUAUUAAAUAUGGUAGAUGAGGGAUCUACAUUACUCAAUUAUUUAUGUUUUUCUAGUUUCUUUUAAUGUACAGACAUUUAUAUCUCUCAUUAUACUUUCUUGAUUCCUAGACUCAGAUUAUGGAGAUUUUUCCAAGUGAGUUUAAUCUCCUCUGAUUUGAUUUGAUUCGAUUUAAAAACCUUUGUACUUUCUCGGUGCAAAUCCCUUUUCUUGUAUCCGAAUGUCGGCAAAACAUUAUUGGUUUACUUCGAUAAAACAGUUAUUGAAGAUAGUCCUGUAAUUGGACCUUA